AUGGCUGUUAGCAUACGUCCUCCUGAACAGUUGGUGGCGCAAGCGCGUAGAGUCGCAAUUAAUUUACUUUUACAGCACAAUAAAACAUGGCGCGGGAAUUUCAAUAGCUCCGACCCUCGGAAUUUUGAGUUGAUGAUGGACGAGAACCGAGUUGGUGAAGAGGGGGUUGUGUCUCCCCCAUCUCUUCGUCUGUAUGAAGCACAGUUCUUUGGAUUCACCCCUCAAACCUGCAUGUUCAGAAUCUACAGUGCAUUUCGAGACUGCCUAUGCGAAGUGCUGCUUGUCGUUGAGGAAGUGUGUGUAAGAAAUGUAAGUGGAACUGAACCCAAUGAAGAUCUUCGUUUAAGGGCGAGGAAAUGCACCCAAAAGCUGCAACUGUUCCUCCAAAAGCGUUUCGAACGCUUAUCAGGUCGCAUGGAAACUCAAUUGCUCACUAACGUCUUUUCAGUUCCGCCUAAUGUGUUGUUACCAGAUGACAAGCCACAUCAAAGAUUCACUGAAGGUUUGCCAGAGGUUCUGAAGCUAGAGUCGUGACUGGCUGAACUGCACCAUUCAUAUCAAGCAGAGGUUUGUGCCCAGCAGGCCUUGUUAGCUGAGCUGGAGGAGCAGAGAGAGGUUCAGGAGCAGCUGGAUGGAAUACUGAGGUGGAUUGGGGAGCUGCAGGCUACUUGGCUGAAAGAAGGAAUGGGCAGCUUUCAUGACAGUUUCCGGGUCAUGGUGCAGUCGGUCAAGAAACUGCAGGAUGUCAUUGGAGAGAUAAGUAAGAAAAGCAGAGAAUUGGAUGAAGACUAAUACAUGGGAUGGGACCUCUUUGGCAUAAAGAAAAUAACUAUUGUCAGGUCCUUCUCAAAUCUGAAUAGUAGUAACAAUUGUUCUGGUCAAAUUGAAUUGUGGCUUGUAACCUAAUUAAUGGAAAAA